AUGUCUCAAUCUAAACCCUCCAUUGUCAUUGUCCCCGGCUCAUUCAGCCUACCGGAGUUCUAUGACGCGGUGACCGAUGGAGUAGCAUCCAAGGGCUACGAGAUCAAAGCCAUUCGUCUUCGCAGCACCGAGGACCUCCAACAACCUGCAACAAUGUACGAUGACGCCGCAGCGAUUGCGCACGAGGUCGCAGCGCUAGUCGACCAAGGAAAAGAGGUGAUCUUGGUGGCUCACUCAUAUGGAGGGGUGCCUGCCAGCGAGAGCAUCAAAGGACUAGCCAAGAUAGAGGGUAGUGGGAAGGUUGGCGGAGUCGUAAACUUGGCGUAUCUCACGGCGCUGGUGCCACAAUUGGGCGCUUCGGCGGCGGAUAUGUUGGCUGAUAUUCCGGCUGAAAAUCGCGUUGAAUUGCGACCUGAUGAACAUGGAUACAUGAUCAUGGCUAAUCAUGCCGCGUCUGCUGCAUUAUGCUUCUCGGACCUUCCGGCCGAGGAAGGCGAGGUGUGGAUGAAGCGGUCUCCCCGACACUCGGCUGCUAGCUUUAUAGGUCCAUUGACGUAUGCUGGGUAUAAGGAUGUACCGGUUUCGUAUUUGCUCUGCGCGGAGGAUAAGGUGAUUCCGCCUGGGGUGCAGCAAAAGCAGAUCGAGAUCAUUGAGAGAGAAGCAGGCAGGGAGGUGGAUGUGACGGUAAUCCAAACAGGACAUAUUCCUACAGCUAGUGCGCCUGAGAAGGUGAUAGAUUGGAUUACAGGCCUAGCUACUCGGUAUGAGAAUGGUAAAACAAUUAAAGACUUUCCAGGAGUAGGAAAAUACACGGAGUGA